AUCCGAAACAGGCAACCAGAUCAACACAAACAGACUUCCAGCGACCAGUCUCCGAUAUUAUAUUUCUUACUGCCCAACUGCCGAUAGAGAGUCCAUCCCAAGAUGCCGAUGGUGAUGCCGUGUCGGUCGCGGUCGGGAACCAAGCUCCCGCCCGACUGCUAUGACCGGGUGCGGCGGCCCAUCUACGUGGAGGCACCGGCCCUGGCCGCGAUCGUGGAGGAGCCGCAGUGCGGCAGUCGGCGCGACAAGCCCGUCAAGCCGAAGGACCAGCGUCGGCCCCUGCCCCCGGGCACCCGCCCGCCAGGACCCCCGCCGGUGCCCGGGCGGCAGAAGGCGGCCGGGGGCAAGGCGCCCAGAGGCCGCAACUAUGACGGGGCCAAGGCCACGUUCUUCCACAUCAAGGGCCAGUCCUGGGAGUCGAAGGGCUAUGCGGAGCUGUCGCUGGCGGAGCUGGAGCGGAUGCGGGCCCAGAGGCCGAAGACCACCGAGGAGCGGCGGGCCGAACAGGAUCGCCGCAUGGAGGAGCAGCAGUACCACACCGCCGAGGCGGAGAGGAUGCGCAACUACUACCACGACAUCGACGAGCAGCGGCGGGAGAAGGAGCGCGAGGCGGAGAAGCAGCACGACGUGGAGGCCGACGAGGACGUGGACGAGGAGCGGAGGAUCGAGGCGAAGCGCCUGCAGGUCCUCCACCGCGCCCUCGACGCCAAGUACGAGGCGGACGAGCGGGUGAAGGAGGCCACCCGGGCCAUCUCGGAGGCCAAGUGCAGCGCCAUGUGGACGGCCCAGAUCCAGGAGCGGAAGCUUCUCAACCGCAUCCAGAGCGACCACGACGAGGAGAUGGCCCGCAAGAACCUGGCCUACAACAACGCCAAGUGGGGCACCGUCGAGGAGAAGGACCAAGCGGAGGAGGAGCGCCGCAAGCAGUUCGGCAUGGCCGUCCGCGAGCAGAUCAGCGACCGGGAGAAGCUCCGCUUCAUGGCCCAGGACCGGCUGCGGCUCGAGGCCCGCGACAUGCGGGCGUUCAUCGAGGAGAACAAGAAGGCCGAGGCCGCCGAGGUGGAGAACAUGUCGCGCCGCAAGUCCGCCUACCGCGACGAGCUCAACAAGUACAUCAAGCUGCACCGCAACUUUGUGCGGAUGAUGUGCGAGCAGGACCAGCGGGACGAGACGCGGGCCUACGAGUACCUGAAGCUCAAGGAGAAGGAGCUGCGCGCCCAGCGGGCCGAGAAGGAGGCCAUCGAGGCGGACGCGAAACGGAAGCGGGACGUCCUCUUCGCCGUCGGCCAGAAGAUCCUCGACGCCAAAGACAACCGCGAGGAGAUGCACUUCCUGGCGGAGCACGAGCGCCUGGAGCGCAAGUACCGGGAAAACGAGCGCAUGGCCGCCGAGAAGGAGCGCCGCAUGGCCGCCGAACUGAAGCGCGGCAACCUGGAACAGAUGGAGCACCUCAGCAAGAUGAAGGCCUGCUACUAUGUGCAGCGGGAGCGCGAGCUGAAGGAUAUGAUCGCGUACCGGGCCAAGCUGGAGGAGCAGCUGAAGCGGGAGGCUGACGAGCAGGCCCAGAAGAAGGCCUGCCUCCGCACCAGUGUCGCCUGCCAGAUCGAGGAGCGGGAGAAGGCCCGCCGCCGGGAGCUGGAGAUGACCAACCUGACCUUCGAGCGGGACAGGGCCGCCGAGGCGCUGCGCCAGAAGGAGAUCGACACGGUGAUUGCCGUCAAGCUGGACGACCUCCAGAAGCGCGGAUGUCUGCCCAACCAGGCGGUCCGAUCCCUGAAAGGACGUGUGGCCAAUGCGGGCAACAAGAAAAUGGGCUCCGAGUACAGUUAGUUGGGGCUAACGGGACACAGGAGCACAAGGACUAGGAUAAGAGAACACGUUGACAAUGGCAUAGUUGGAUUUUGAAUAAAAAUUAAAAAAAAAAAAAAAAUAGACAUCAGCAAACAGAAA